AUGGAAGAAGCACAACCCCCGUCUGCACCGGCUGCAUCAGAUGCACCAGCUACAACUACUACAACUACCGCUGCGACCGCUACAACCGCUGCGCCCCCUGCGCCUAGUCAAUCGCCUAUAGAGAUCCAGGCUCCGUCGUCAGCUAAUCCUUCAGCUAAUCCUCCAGCUAAAGCCCCAGCUAACCCCCCAGUUAACUCUCCAAUUAACUCUCCCCCAAACUCUGCAACACACUAUCCGAACGGGCUUCCCCGUAGUAUCAAUGGACUUAACGAUAAUGCGAUCAACGGUUUGGGACUGACGCCUAUGCGAGGGGGCUCAGCCAGUCCAAGAACACCUGUUCAACCGAUUGCGCCGUCCCCAUCAGCAACUACGCCGGUACUAGCGGCCCGAGCAGUGACAGCAGCCUCCGCGCCGCCACCCCAAGUUCCAGCUCCAGCUCCGGCUCGGGCUCCGGCUCCCAACCCUCCACGCCCACUUAAACCAAUGGUUAUAUAUACGCCUUCUCAGCCGCACCCUCAUUCUCAGCCACGUCAACAACAACAUCAUCAUCAACAACACCAGCAUCAACAGCCUAUACAUCGUCAGUCUUCUACAGGUGGAAUGCACAAGGUUUCCAUCGUGGAACCGCCAAGAGCAUAUUCACAACCGAGAAGCAACCCGCAGGCACCGAAUGUUCCUCCCAGUGCAGGCUUCCCGUCCCCCAGGAGAGAGCACCAUCUUGAGAAUUCUAAGUUUGGCGAUGACUUAUCCCGCCUCACCCAUGCCAUGCAGCAAUCAGUCCCCGCUGCGGUAAGGAGAGUCAUCCGCGAUAACUGGGAGAAGUGCCUUCUUGGCUCCGAGUUUCAUCACGCGUUCCUUUUGAAUGCCGUUAUUCAUCACUCUAAUGGGGUUAUUAUCCGUCGAUCUAUCAAAGAUUUCGGUGCCAAGAUGGUGUCCGAGUCAAAGCAUGAGAUUGUCUCACAUUUCUCAACGGCAGACCUUAAUGAACUAGCAGAUGGGAUACUCGAGAAGGCUAGUGACUACUUCCUAGAUCUGGCACUGGAAAGGCGGCUGAGGACUAUUGACGCGCGCUCUCUCAUCAAUGCUCUUGCGCGAGCUGAGCGUCUUGGUUACGAGAAUAGCGACAUUCUUGAUGAUCGGAGAGGAAAUGGAUCCAGAUUUAAUCCGGCACCUUUUAAUCCGGCACCAAAUCCCGUUGCGAUCACUCCCAUCUCGAGACAACAGCAUACGCCCGCUAUGCCUGCUAUGCCAGCCCCGACACAGGCAGUAGCACGUCCUCCCCCUCCUCCUCCUCCUACUAUAUUGCAAUGCCCACUAUGCUGGCGCAAGUUUGACCAUCCACAGCCCUACGAAUAUCAUGUCCAAAAGCAAGUGUGUACUAAAGAACCACCAAGCAAGGAAGGGUUCCCUUUCUCAUGCCAGUAUUGUGGUGCUGGUUUCAUAACCAAGGUUGGCCAACAAUAUCAUGUAGCCAAUCAUGUCUGUGGUGAUCAUGGUACUAUGCCAGCGACACCUAGAGGGCCGGCAAAUGUAGGAUCGCCUAUCACGAUCUCAUCAGGAAAUAAUAGCCCGAUCCAGCUUCCAUCUUCUGUACCUUACCCUCCAGGAACUCAGCAUGCCACAACUCCUUUGUCUCAUCGAUCUACUGCGGCAUCGACUCCUGGCUCUCUACCGAAAGAGCAAGAUCCUUAUUCACGCUUGAAUCCCGCGACGCGGGAAAGACUAGAGGAAGAGCUACGUCAAGCUGAAAUUACAUAUACCGCUCGCUUCAAAGAAGCAGAGCAGAUCCAAGAUCCAGCCCAACGGCAGCUUAAGAUGGACGGUCUCCAGAACAGUUUCAGUACGAAGCAGAGCAUUAUUAGAAAGAAAUACGGCGUCCGGCUUAGAAAUCGACGAACUAAGGCCGAGAUUGACAACGAGCGCCAGCGUAUGGGUUGGAAGCAUGGCAGCCCCGGCCCGAUAGAGGAUACUCCAAGCGCGAAGCGUCAACGGACUGACGAAGGCCUCUCUCGUCUAAAUUCCCAGGUUCCUCCAAGCAAUAAUUAUCCCGAGCCUAGAAGCAACCACAUACCUGUAGCGGAUAUGUCAGGGGGAUUAGGUGGAACAAACGCAACAGCAGCCACCAUCGAUCCUACGCGGCCAAAAUCCCCCGAGGAGCAGCAAGGAUCCCCGCAGAACAGUCUUACAUCGUUACAGCGUAAAGGUUAUCGCAUCUCGUCUCACCUCCCUCGAUCGAGCCAAGUCUCCCCCGCCGACACUACGAUGGAAGAUUCUACUACUCAACGGAGCGACUCGGCGUCGGUGCCCGUAGUAAUAGAUGAGGAUGAGUCUUCGGAUUCCGACUCCGAUGGGGAUAUACCCGCGAGCCUGCCUCCUCACAGAGCUAGUAACACGCCCUCAAGGGGCUUAGCAGCGUAG